AUGCCAUUCUGCGCAGACGCGGACCACGUAACAUCCGGCGUCGCUCCUGAGCUUAGUUUUCUGACCUCACACACGGGACACCACGCAAGGUCGCUGAACACUGUACGCAAGGGCCAGUUUCUGAGGCUCGACGGCCCAUACGGCAGGGACUUGCACUAUGAGGCGGUGGUUCUAGCCGCGAAGGGCAUGGGGAUCGUCGGUGUUUUGCUCUUCGCCCGUCAUCUUGCUGAGAGGAGAGCACACGACGACAGGGCUCGAGGGGCAGCGGCACGCCUACGUGACUCCAAGGAACCUGUUUUCGGCGGGCAAAAAGACACCGUACCGAGUUAA